CGAGGCAGGCCAGGGUACUGCGGUGCACUCUGGGAAAGCCGCUUGGCCCUGGGCUUUGUUUCCCGCCCCGCAGCAGUGUUUGGUUUUCCGGCUUGCGGGCUCUUGUCGGAGGUGCCUCUGCUUCCCAUCUCGGGUUUCGGCUUGCGCGGGUGUCCUCCCGACGCCUGCCUCCGACGCCGCCAGCAUGUCUGGAGUGCGCGCUGUGCGCAUCAGCAUCGAGUCGGCCUGCGAGAAGCAGGUCCAGGAGGUGGGCCUGGAUGGCACUGAGACGUACUUGCAGCCGCUGUCCAUGUCGCAGAACCUGGCGCGCCUGGCCCAGCGGAUCGACUUCAGCCAGGGUUCGGGCUCCGAGGAGGAGGAGGCGGCGGGGGCCGAGGGCGACGCGCAGGACUGGGCUGGCGCCGGGUCCAGCGCGGACCAGGACGAUGAGGAAGGGUUGGUAAAAUUUCAGCCUUCUCUUUGGCCUUGGGACUCCGUGAGGAACAACUUGAGAAGUGCCCUAACAGAGAUGUGUGUUCUCUACGAUGUCCUCAGUAUUGUUAGGGAUAAAAAAUUUAUGACUCUUGAUCCAGUCUCUCAGGACGCACUUCCUCCAAAACAGAAUCCACAGACACUGCAGUUGAUAUCGAAAAAGAAGUCGCUCGCUGGAGCAGCCCAGAUCCUAUUGAAGGGGGCAGAAAGACUGACCAAAUCAGUUACUGAAAACCAAGAAAAUAAGCUGCAAAGAGACUUCAACUCUGAGCUUUUGAGAUUACGGCAACACUGGAAACUCAGAAAAGUUGGGGAUAAGAUUCUGGGAGAUCUGAGCUACAGAAGUGCAGGAUCUCUCUUUCCCCAUCACGGUACAUUUGAAGUAAUAAAGAAUACAGAUAUUGAUCUGGAUAAAAAGAUACCUGAAGAUUACUGUCCUCUUGAUGUUCAGAUUCCUAGUGAUUUAGAAGGGUCUGCCUAUAUCAAGGUUUCAAUUCAGAAACAAGCUCCAGACAUAGGUGAUCUGGGCACAGUCAACCUCUUUAAACGACCUUUGCCCAAAUCCAAACCAGGUUCCCCACACUGGCAGACGAAAUUAGAAGCAGCACAAAACGUUCUCUUGUGUAAAGAAAUUUUUGCACAGCUCUCUCGGGAAGCUGUUCAAAUUAAGUCACAGAUCCCUCACAUUGUGGUGAAAAACCAGAUUAUCUCUCAGCCCUUUCCAAGCUUGCAGUUACUGAUUUCUUUGUGCCAUUCCUCAAAUGAUAAGAAAUCCCAAAAGUCCGCUACUGAGAAGCCAAGUCCGGAAGACCAUCUUUAUGUCUUAGAGCAUAAUUUGCAUCUACUAAUUAGAGAGUUUCAUAAACAGACCUUGAGUUCCAUCGUGAUGCCUCAUCCAGCAAGUGCCCCUUUUGGUCACAAGAGAAUGAGACUUUCAGGUCCUCAGGCUUUUGAUAAAAAUGAAAUUAAUUCAUUACAGUCCAGUGAAGGGCUUCUAGAAAAAAUCAUUAAACAAGCAAAGCAUAUUUUCCUGAGGAGCAGAACUGCUGCGACCAUUGACAGCUUAGCAAGUCGCAUUGAGGACCCUCAGAUACAGGCUCACUGGUCAAAUAUUAAUGAUGUCUAUGAGUCUAGCGUGAAGGUUUUAAUCACAUCACAAGGCUAUGAACAGAUAUGCAAGUCCAUCCAGCUGCAGUUGAAUAUCGGAGUUGAGCAGAUCCGAGUUGUGCACAGAGAUGGGAGGGUGAUUACACUGUCUCAUCAGGAGCAGGAGCUCCAGGAUUUCCUUCUGUCCCAGAUGUCACAGCAUCAGGUGCAUGCAGUUCAGCAGCUCGCCAAGGUCAUGGGCUGGCAGGUGCUCAGCUUCAGCAAUCAUGUGGGGCUUGGGCCCAUAGAGAGCAUUGGCAAUGCCUCUGCCAUCACCGUGGCCUCCCCGAGUGGGGACUAUGCUAUUUCAGUUCGUAACGGCCCUGAAAGUGGAAGCAAGAUCAUGGUUCAGUUUCCCCGUAACCAGUGUAAAGAUCUUCCAAAAAGUGACGUUUUACAAGAUAGCAAAUGGAAUCAUCUUCGUGGACCGUUCAGAGAAGUUCAGUGGAAUAAAAUGGAAGGUCGAAACUUUGUUUAUAAAAUGGAGCUGCUUAUGUCUGCACUUAGCCCUUGCCUGCUAUGAUUUUUGUUUCCAGAACCGUUUCUAGUUUAUUUUUUUCCAGAGAAGUUUCCAGAAACUGACUUGAGAGAGAUGAACUCUAAGCACAAGGAAGAGAAAUUUUCCAAAAGAGCAUUUUUAAAAAAAAACAACAAAUGUUUACCUAGCAUUUUGAAACAUUUCACUUUAUAAGUGACAGUGCUUUGAAAUGCAGACACUUAUGUACAGUGAUAGGAUAUAUAGUAGGGGAGAUGCAGAACAACUUUUUUUAUGCAGUUAACUUGAAAGGUUACUAAUUUAUGGGUUUGAAUUCAACUUUUCAAUAUCGCUUUGAUGUUGGCAUCAAAUAAAGCAUAUGGUUAAAAAUUCCA